CAAAAUCAGCUGUUCCUUCAAAAUUUCCCAGAGAUGACGUGAAACAAUAAAAUGCAAAACACAAAACGUCAUUUAUGCAGUUGGCCCACAGCAUUUAUUGUUUAACUUUUUUUGCCAGUAUCGAUAUUUGUAAUAAUUUUUAAUUGGUUUUGAAGCGGUGCCAAGUAAAUAAAAUGGGCAAUAAAUCAUCACUUUUGCUGCGCCAAGAGGAAAUUGCUCAAAUUCAAGAAGAGACUGGAUUUACACCCAAUCAAAUUGAACGACUCUAUUCCCGUUUCACCUCUUUGGAUCGAGGUGAUUGCGGCACUUUGUCUAGGGAAGACUUCCUGCGCAUUCCCGAACUGGCAAUCAAUCCGCUAUGUGAGCGCAUCGUGCAUGCUUUCUUUGAGGAUAGCACGGAUGAUCGUGUAAACUUCCGUCAAUUUAUGAAUGUACUAGCUCAUUUCCGCCCCAUCAACUCGAAAAAGGAAAAUGGUUUGAAUAGUAGAGAGGAAAAGCUAAAAUUCGCAUUCAAAAUGUAUGAUUUGGAUGACGAUGGUGUCAUAAGCCGCGAUGAGUUAUUGAGUAUACUCCACAUGAUGGUAGGCGCAAAUAUAAGCCAGGAUCAAUUAAUAAGUAUCGCCGAACGCACUAUACUAGAGGCAGAUUUAUGCUGUCAAGGCAAAAUUUCAUUUGAGGACUUUUGCAAAGCGUUGGAACGUACAGAUGUCGAACAAAAAAUGUCGAUUCGCUUCCUUAAUUAAAAAAAAAUUGUCAUUAGUCAACUAAUAAUUUACCAGGAAGCCACCUUUAAUUAGAAUGUUUUAUAGUAACAAUAUAAAUAUUAUGAAUUAAGUCUACACUCAAUGUGCACUCUGUAUAUGAAAGAUUAAUUUCAGCUACAUUACAAAUUGUUUAUUCCAAAUAUAGUUUCAUAUAGUUAAAACUAUAAUGUAUUCGCUUUCGAAAAAAGAUGUCUGCAAAUUAGUCGUGUUAGAAUAUACCUUCAUACAUAUUUAAAA